GCAUACCGGUUUCUAGCCGUCAACAAGAAGCUGGGUUUGAGUGGGCGUCCAGAUAGGCCAGUGGGCUGCAUCGGGACCUGCAAGAUUUAUCGUAUCCUGGGAAAGACGGUGGUGUGCUACCCAAUAGUGUUUGAUCUAAGUGACUUCUACUUGUCUCAGGAUGUAAUGCUUCUAAUUGAUGACAUUAAGAAUGCCCUGCAGUUCAUCAAGCAGUGCUGGAAGAUGCAAGGACGUCCACUCUUCCUGGUUCUCAUCCGCGAGGAUAACAUCAAAGGGAGCCGCUUCAAUCCUGUUUUGGACAUGCUGGCCUCUUUCAAGAAGGGAGUCAUCGGAGGGGUCAAAGUUCACGUCGACAGACUUCAGACCCUGAUAUCAGGAGCAUUUGUGGAGCAGCUGGAUUUCCUUCGCGUCAAUGAGGCAGAGAUUCCAGAGUUUAAGAGCUUUGAGGAGCUGGAGCUGCCGAAGCACUCGAAGGUGAAGAGGCAGACGAGCACGCCCAACGCCUCGGACCUGGAGCAGCAGCCGGAGAUCAGUGUGGAGGAGUGGCAGAACAAACCCACAUAUGAGAUCCUGCAGAAGUUUCACGACUCUGGCUGCUUGGCCAGUCAGGCCCAACUUGCCAGCAUCCUUCUUAGAAGAGAAGGACCAGACUUCCUGGCUAAAGACGAGAACCUGAUGGAGGAACUGGAGAGAAUCUACAGACGAGCUGGAAGCAGAAAGCUUUGGUCUGUUGUCCGUCUUGCUGCCAGUCUCUUAACUAAGCUAGUGGACAGCCUUGCCCCCAGUAUUACUAGUAUUUUAGUGCAAGGCAAGCAGGUGACCCUGGGCCUGUUUGGGCACGAGGAGGAGGUGAUCUCCAACCCGCUGUCUCCAGGAGUUAUCCAGGGCAUCAUUUACAGCAAGUGCUGCCCCCAUGGUGGGGAGAGGGAAGCUGUCCUCCAGCAGGAACUGGUCAUCCACAUCGGAUGGAUUAUCUCCAACAACCCUGAGCUGUUCAGCGGCAUGCUGAAAAUCAGAGUCGGGUGGAUUGUCCAGGCCAUGAAACAUGAGCUGAAGAUCCGAGCUGGAGACAUGCCUCCUCAGGACAUCUACCAGCUGUCUCCUGGUGACAUCAAGCAGCUCCUGCUGGACGUCCUGCAGCCGCAGCACACUGGCAGGUACUGUGAAAAACGCACGCAGGAUGCAGUACCGUACAACACGCGCGUUUUUAACUUUCAUUUAUGCCUUCAUAGACAUCAGCGCUUUAGCUUAAUCCCUCUAUUAUCUUUAUUAUUUCAUCUUCCUUCAUUUUUUAUCAGAUCGUUUAAUGGAAACAGGAGGGAAUUAUUAACCUUUUAUCUCAUCUAA